AUGGAAUUUCCGUCGUACAAGGUCAUCACCUUAGGAAGUUAUGGGGUUGGGAAGACCUGCUUGCUAAUCAGAGCGACUGAAGAGAACUGUGUCUUUUCUUCUAACUACAUGACAACAAUUGGGGUCGAUUUCAAAACCAAAUUGCAUAAUUACAACGGACAAUUUUUUAAGCUGAUGAUCUGGGAUACAGCUGGACAAGAGAGAUUCCAUCAUAUAAAUCGACUUUAUUAUAAUGGGUGUAAUGCUGCUAUUCUCGUUUAUGAUAUUACAAGCCUUUUUUCGUUUGAGAAGAUUCAAACUUUUCUUGAUGAUUAUAAUAAAAAUACGGUAUUAUAUCUUUUGGUCGCGAUUUUUUCCCCAGCUGACAUUUUCGAUGCACUAUCGUUGAAAUUUCUAAUAGAAAAAUGUUUCAGUCAAAUGGUGCCAGCAAAUGGCUGGAAGAGAAAGAAAAGACAUGGAGCUAAAAAUACAGAUGGGACUUCAGCAAUUGUACUUUGUGGAAACAAAAGUGACUCAUUAAAUAGACAGGUUUCUUAUGAUCAGGGGAAAAAACUUGCAAGUCAGCUAGGAAUUCCGUUUAUAGAGUGCUCAGCAUAUACUGGGGAAAAUGUCAAUCAAUUGUUUGACAUUUUAAUACAACAGCUCACAAGAGAUAAUAAAUUACCAACGCCAGCUGCUAAACAAACUUUUGUGAUAUCAAAAACUACAAUUACUUAAAAAUGACGUGUCGAAUCAACCUGCCCACUUAGAUUAGAUCAUGCUGAGUUUAUAGUCCCCGCUAUCAUCGAUAACAUUUUGUGCGGCGCUAUUACCUGGCGGCACAGCCAAAUUAGGUGACUUUCACCUCUUGCAACUUGCACAGGCAGAAACCCCUGGUUCUCGAUAAUAGUAUUGUCCUGUUGGGUCGAAAACUUUGCCGGCACCAUAAUUUCAAAAUUUUUCCCUUCAGCCGCCUAGUUACUCUGCCCCACCCUUCAUCUUGGCCGGUCUUGUUCUUAUCGGAGCCCUUGAGCCGGAGAGACUUACCUUGUUGUCUCAUCUGCCUUCCCUUUUUCUCAGGUCAUCCCUGAAGAAAAACUCAACCGCUUCUGCAGUUCGUGACAGAUCGCAGUAGCAGCAGGCAAUCCAUCCUACUCAAUUCCGGGCGCCCACUGGCUCAGGUGCUAUUGGCAAAAAAAGUCACCAUUAACUGUCCAUUGGAUAAAGCACAAAUCAGUGGAUUUGUGCUUAAAACUUCUCUGCAGGACACCAAAUCCUGCUAGAUCAAUCCCCAACUCCAAAAACCAUACCCUGAUAUACAUAGGCUACCGUCACAUGAGAGAACGGGUUGGCUUAAAUCGCCAUUUUAUGUAUAUAACUUGUCAUUUUAACACCUGUCGUCAGACAGGACUGAGGGCGUUGUGGCUAGAAAUUCGCUUUUUGAAUUUUCGGAAAGGGUAAUCCUGUUGACGUACCGUACAGUGACCCAAAAUCUUUACCUCCGACUACGAGCACAAACCCUCGUCCGGAGGGAGCAGCACAUUGAUUCAAGCUGUUGAAUCAGACUGGCAAGUAAGAGAGUGGAGCGAAGCAAGGGGCAUUUUAAAGCUCACGUGGCUCUCCGGGAGCUUAGUCUUAGUUAAAUUUAUAAAGUAGCUCCUGGCCAUCACCGAAGGUCCUUUUCUUCCGCCUUUUGGACGCCUCGCUUGCUUUCCUUGCCCUGCUCCCAGUGUGCACCUAAGUGCCACAGGUUAUCACUCAACUCCUUCCGGUCAUGGGGCUUGGUCAUGCUAUCCCGGAAGUAGGCUGACUGGGUCACCGUGCUUCACGUCGCCAGACUAGGGUUAGAGCUAAGGAUUAACUCCUUAGCUCUUGUCGGCUCCUGCCAUGCCCUCCAAAUUGGCACUAGCAGUCCCUAGAGGAAAAACCCUUUUUGCCCCGUGUCCUAUCGGGACGACCCUAGGAUCGUCGUUGGACUGGGAGGGAAACCUAGCCGGACACAAACUACCAGUACCCCAUUCCAGACCUUUCCCUGGGCGGAUUGGCUUCAGGCCGCAGCAAGGUCCCCAAUCUCGCCUCAGUUCCGGGAGAGGACGGGUCGGUGUCGUCGCCAUUUUAUUUGUGUGUGGCUCUCCGGGAGCUAAUCGAUAAUAAUUUAAGCUAAGUUAAGAUAUCAAAAACUAAGAAGAAAAAAUCAUGCUGCUAA